ACCAGCGUGUAGAAGGAAGCGGAAAUCAASCCUCUGCUAGCAGUUAGCUUCAGGCUCCUCGCGCGGACGGGGUGUAAAAAGCGACGCUAACGUUCUGUUGGUUGGUCGCCUCUCUAGAGAGGAAGCGGGGAGWGCAGAGAGAGAGAAAAACAACACGGCUUCGUUUUGUUUCUUACCGUGGAAUCUUUAGAACAGAAUCUCGCAAGUGGUGCUGCACUGUGACCUUUAUGUGAGGCCCAAGUCCUUAAAGGAACGGGUCAUAGACGGGAGGAGAGACUUGGAGAAAAGCUUUUGACCACUGACAGACUGCGUUUGUUACACAGUUCCAUCGUAGAAGCACGACUGCAGCCAAGUCGAUUUCCAGCGCACCACAAAGACCAUGGAGGCCAUCGCCAAGUACGAUUUUAAAGCUACGGCUGAUGAUGAGCUUAGUUUCAAACGUGGAGAAGUCUUGAAGGUGUUAAAUGAAGAGUGUGAUCAGAACUGGUACAAAGCAGAACUAAAYGGAAAAGAUGGAUUCAUUCCUAAAAAUUACAUAGAGAUGAAAGCCCAUCCGUGGUUCUUUGGAAAGAUUCCUCGGGCCAAAGCAGAGGAGAUGCUAAACAAACAGAGGCACGAUGGGGCUUUCCUCAUCAGAGAGAGCGAGAGUGCACCGGGGGACUUCUCCCUGUCUGUGAAGUUUGGAAAUGACGUCCAGCAUUUCAAAGUUCUUCGUGACGGAGCUGGAAAGUAUUUUCUUUGGGUGGUGAAGUUCAACUCCCUCAACGAGCUGGUGGAUUACCAUCGCACCACCUCAGUUUCCCGUAAUCAGCAGAUAUUUUUGCGAGACAUAGAGCAGGUUCCCCAGCACCCCACAUACGUGCAGGCACUCUUCGACUUCGACCCCCAAGAGGAAGGCGAGCUGGGCUUCAGACGCGGCGACUUCAUUCAGGUCCUGGACAACUCUGACCCCAACUGGUGGAAAGGAGGCUGCCACGGCCAAACGGGCAUGUUCCCCCGCAACUACGUCACCCCGGUCAAUCGGAACAUGUAAACAGUCAAGACCGUGUAAACAACAACAGCAGCAGCAGCAGCAACCAUCACCCUCCAUCAUUGUUCUCGAUCUCAUCAUCCCCGCCAUCCAACCCUGAACCACCCCUCCACCUCUCUUUGGCCAUCCCACAGUGACAGGAAGAACGCAAAUAACUGAGAGAGCAAACGGGGAGUCGUGCCAUCGUAGGCGCAGCUACGUGGGUGGUAGCAAAGCAGAAUCAACUUUCAUUUGUGCUGAGAACGUUCACUUUCCCGCUGAACGCCUCAGUGAGGACUGAACUGUCAAAAACGCAGAGAAACUAAAGCUUAGCGCACCAACCGUGAAGAUUUCUAAAUGAUUCUACCGCACCCACAGCCGCUUCUCCCUCCUCUACUUCUUAACAUUCUGCCUUUGUGUUCUUCUKUUCUUUGCCGCAUGUUGAUUUAUUCACUUUGAUGAAAUGCCUACCAGUAAAUCCUAACUUUGUUUUAACGAAAGGUAAAAAAGAAAUAAAAAUAAUAAUAAAAAUGUAAAAAAUAAAUAAGGUUUUAAAAAAUAAAAAAAGAAGAAAUGAAAUGAUGUCAUUAAUAACAAGUUUCCACAUGUGAACCAUUGGCAUGUGAGUUGUACAUCAGCCGUUGGCUUUAUAAAAAGAAUCAAGUAUAGAGAGAAUCCAUUUUUUAAGAUUAUAUAUUAUAUAUUUGUAUGUUUGUUUUUAUCUCAUCACAAAUUGUUUUCCAUUUGUAAAUUAUGUUCUGCUUUCUGUUAGCCUGGGUAAGACCUAGUAACUUUAGAAUGUGAUAAA